AUGCAAUGGCACACUAUAUCUUCCCUGGAUCUGAGCGCCAAUAACUCUGAUAUUAAGGAUUGCUUCAGAGUACAUCGAACCUUUCGAGAAGUUCAUCAAUGGUAUUGCAGGAGCGCAGAGUCGUUGGCUAGGUUCGAGAUCCUCAGUGAAGCCUUUGCCACCAUUGCAGACUUCCAACCGACGCUGGAUGUCUUUUAUGCUGACAUCUUGGGGUUCUAUAAGCAUGUGUACAAGUUUGUUCGGCAGAAUGGCUGGAAGCAAAUGCACGUAAUACCGCUGAGGCGAAGGGAAGAGUGGCUCAGCCGGGUAAAGCGCAUCGAGGAGGAACAGACCGCCAAGCAUCACAAGGCCAUCACGUCAUGGUUGAAAACAGGUGAUUCUGAGCAAUUGUUCCUCUUCGAAUCAGUGUCAGGAGAAGGUGCCAAAUAUCCUGGAACAUGUGGAUGGUUUCUGAAGAAUUCCAAGGUGAAGUCAUGGUUCCAGCGAAAGCCUGACAACCAAGUCCUCUGGCUCCAAGGGAAACCUAGGUCCAGAAAGAGCGUCAUAUCAACACAAGUCGUCAAGUUCAUCCAGGCAGCACAAUUUCUUCAAACAUCGGCAAGCAGUGUCGUUCUGAAAGAACAGAACGUGCUCGCCGAACACGCCGUAGCUACUAUAACCUGCCUACUAUCUGGCCUUGAAGUCUUUGGUGAGCAGUAUGAUGAGUCGAGAAGAUGCGUGCGCCUCGUGAAAGGAUUGCACGACCUUCAUGUUUAUGCUACGGAACAUUGGAGCGAAUGCCUGUUGUCUAGUACAAAAUCUAUGGACGAAUUUCUUAACGCAGAAGCAGCACUGCUAGCUGAAUGCAACUCGGAGCUGUCCACAAAGAUAUCUCCGCUGUUCGCUUCCGCCUUGGAGGGCGGUUUCACAGAGGACGGCAGGGUCGGACUGGGGAUCGACGUGGACAUCGAGGUGUUCCGAACAUUUCACCUCUGGAUCUACACGCCGCCAGAUCCCGAAAACGUCAACCCGGAGGAGAAAUAA